AUGACGAAUUGUGCAGCUCAAGAAUGGCUCGCUGGUGCGAAAUUCGAAGAAGUUCUUGGAUGCGAUGCGUCACAUAAGGUAUUCAUUCCAAAUUUCCAGAGAAAACUUAAUUCAUUAAGUAAGUAAUCAAAGAAACCUUUCAGAACAUCUUUUUGCUUUUGUCAAAUGGAGAAGAGACUGGAAUUUUGCUGGCCGAUAAAACACCAUUCUCAGAAGACGCGAAGACAAUUGGAAAAUGGUUGAAGACUGCGGAUUUGACCGAAAUCUCGAAGAAUGAUAUUUUCGGAUCUUAUUCGAUUGCUGUUGACUCGAAAUUGAAUCGUAAGUGAAUUGGGGAAUGAAGAAGAGUGGAAAAUCUUUGCAUUUCAGUUCUGAAAUCCCAAUUGAUUUAUCCUGCAAACGAACGACUUAUUGCAAAAUAUCGUCAAGAAGAGAAGUUUGUGAUCCGUGAAACCGCCGAAAACUACGAAAAUAUCACCAAACCAUACAUCGAAAAAUACCAACUCAAUCUCAAUUGGGUCUACAAUUGCCUUGAAAAGAAAUCCGAAGUUGAUAAAAUCGUUUUCGAAGAUUCGGACAAGAAAAAUGGAUUCAUGCUUAUGCAAGACAUCAAAUGGGAUGGAAAAACCAUUGAAAAUCUCUACGUUUUGGCGAUUAUUCAUAGACACAAUGUUAAAAGUGUUCGAGAUUUAACGGGUUCUGAUGUUAAAAUGUUGGAAAAUAUUAGAGAAAAAAGCCUGGAAGCUAUCAAUCUGAAAUAUGGACUUCGAAAAGAUCAAGUCAAAGCAUAUUUUCACUAUCAACCAUCUUUCUAUCAUUUGCAUGUUCAUUUCAUCAAGUAAGUUAACCUAACUAGAAAAAUUGUUCUUAUUUUCUUAUUCAGCUUGAAAUACGAUGCUCCAGCGAGCACAACAAUGUCUGCAAUUCUUCUCGAUGACGUCAUCAAUAAUCUCAAGCUUAAUUCAAAUCACUACAAAUUCUCAACUUUGACAUUUACCAGAAAAAAUUCCGAUAAGUUAUUGGAACUUUUCAGAGAAGCUGGAGCUGUUGAAAAAUGA